AUGAAGCGGAAAAGCGAGAGGCGGUCGAGCUGGGUCGUGGCCACCUGCUCGCCGCGCUGCUCUUUGACCUCGCCGAGUGUAAAGAAGAUCCGCAGCCCCACGCAGCAGGACCCGCGCCACCGGGACCCCCAGGACGACGUGUACCUGGACAUCACAGAUCGCCUUCGUUUUGCCAUUCUCUACAGCAGACCAAAGAGUGCAUCCAAUGUACAUUAUUUCAGCAUAGAUACUGAACUCGAAUAAGAGAAUUUCUCUGAAGACUUUGGACCACUCAAUCUGGCAAUGGUUUACAGAUAUUGUUGCAAGAUAAAUAAGAAAUUAAAGUCCAUUACAAUGUUAAGGAAGAAAAUUGUUCAUUUUACUGGCUCUGAUCAGAGAAAACAAGCAAAUGCUGCCUUCCUUGUUGGAUGCUACAUGGUUAUAUAUUUGGGGAGAACCCCAGAAGAAGCAUAUAGAACAUUAAUUUUUGGAGAUACAUCCUAUAUUCCUUUCAGAGAUGCUGCCUAUGGAAGCUGCAAUUUCUACAUUACACUUCUUGACUGUUUUCAUGCAGUAAAGAAGGCAAUGCAGUAUGGCUUCCUUAAUUUCAACUCAUUUAACCUUGAUGAAUAUGAACACUAUGAAAAAGCAGAAAACGGAGAUUUAAAUUGGAUAAUACCAGACAGAUUUAUUGCCUUCUGUGGACCUCAUUCAAGAGCCAGACUUGAAAGUGGUUACCACCAACAUUCUCCCGAGACUUAUAUUCAAUAUUUUAAGAAUCGCAAUGUUACUACCAUUAUUCAUCUGAAUAAAAGGAUGUAUGAUGCCAAAUGCUUUACAGAUGCUGGCUUUGAUCACCAUGAUCUUUUCUUUGCUGAUGGCAGCAGCCCUACUGAUGCCAUUGUCAAAGGAUUUCUGGAUAUCUGUGAAAAUGCUGAGGGUGCCAUUGCAGUACAUUGUAAAGCCGGCCUUGGUCGCACGGGCACUCUGAUAGCCUGCUACGUCAUGAAGCAUUACAGGAUGACAGCAGCCGAGACCAUUGCGUGGGUAAGGAUCUGCAGACCUGGCUUGGCGAUUGGGCCUCAGCAGCAGUUUUUGGUGAUGAAGCAAACAAGCCUCUGGCUGGAAGGGGACUAUUUUCGUCAGAAGUUAAAGGGGCAGGAGAAUGGACAACACAGAGCAGCCUUCCCCAAACUUCACUCUGGUGUUGAUGACAUUUCCAUAAAUGGGGUCGAGAAUCAAGACCAGCAAGAACCCAAACCUUACAGUGAUGAUGACAAAAUCAAUGGAGUGACACAAGGUGAUAGACUUCGGGCCCUGAAAAGCCGAAGACAAUCAAAAACAAAUGCCAUUCUUCUUAAAUGUCCCCUAGCUGUGCUGACCUCUGCACUGUGUAGUGUUGUCAUCUGGUGGAUUGUUUGUGACUACAUUCUUCCCAUCCUGCUAUUCUGUCUCGAUGGUUUCGGAACAUAG